AUGGGUUCAAUGGCGGCAACCCCCAAUACUAACUUGUUCAUUCAUAAAAAAUCAUAUAUUUCUUCUCCAAAUUCCCAAAUCAAACUUUCAAUUCGUUCACAGAAGGAGGACCCACCCGCUGAAACCAAGACUAGAAGUAGGGAAAUAAUAUUGAGGAGCAGUGAAAUUGCUGUACUUGGAGCCAUUUUCCAAUUCAGUGGAACAAAACCAAAAUACUUGGGGGUGCAGAAAAGCACAGGUGGACUAGCAUUAUGCCCAGCCACAAACAACUGUGUUUCUACUUCUGAGAAUAUCACUGAUCUCACACACUAUGCUCCCCCUUGGAAUUAUAAUCCACCGGAGGGUAGAGGGAGUAAAAAGCCCGUGAGCAAAGAACAAGCAAUGGAAGAGCUUCUUCAAGUGGUAAAAUAAAUCUCUCUCUCUCUCUCUCUCUCUCUC